AUGAUAAAAGGUGCUAACUUUAAGAGAUCUCAACAUGUUUCAUUCAAACAACGGGACACCAAGAAUGGCAUUUCUAAAUCUCAGAAAGCCAAGAAGAUGUCCGACUUUGAGUCUGACAGUCUACAAGUAGAAUCUCCCAGGAGAGCUACAAUAAGAACGUCUGACAGUGCCUCCCCACCACGGUCUGCGCGGCGCAGAACAUCAACCUCGCCUCCUAAAUCUGGGCGAUCUAAGAAAAGCAAUGAUAAAUCACCAUCACCAUCACGCAGCAAAAAGAGUGCAUCUUCAGAUCACUCUGCAAAAUCAGCCAAAAAGAAACGGUCCGUUACUAUGAAAGUGCCAGACUUAACGGAGUCUGGACUAAAGAAGAAGGUGUUCACAGGAGAAGGACUUACAGUAGUCCCAGUUAGUCUACUUCACGAAGCCAACAUUGGGGAGCUAUAUCUGAACAACAACAACUUGAGGACUCUACCACCUGACAUUAAAAGAUGGAAGAAUCUACAAAAACUAGACAUCAGUAAGAAUGGGAUUCGUUGUGCUCGUCCGAAUGAUUUCUCUGGUCUUCCAAUGGAAAUGAAAGAUCUCACUCACUUAGAAGAUUUAAAUAUCUCUGAGUGCAACCUGCCAUAUAUUCCUCCGGUGAUUUGGCGACUGACCAGCUUAAAAGUCCUAGAUAUUAGUCGAAACAAAAUCAACAUGUUACCUUCAGAAAUCGGUAACCUUGGAAACUUGAUUAGCUUAAAUUUAAAGCACACCAACUUAGCAACUCUUCCCCCAGAAAUAGCAUACUGCCAAGACUUGGAAGAAAUUCUGAUGUGGGGCAACGAAAUUGAGACUCUUCCCGAAACUCUCCCAGAAAUGCCAAAACUACACACACUGGCAUUUGACUAUCGUCAUUUCUGUAAGCUAGUUGACCAAACAUACAUGGAAAAUUACCUUAGUACAGGACAAAUCAAGUCGAAACACAUACCUAUGGUUGUAUUUGAACUACCUGCACUAAGAUCUCUAGACCUGGAGAAUACCAAGAUCAACAACCUGAUGGAAAUCUACAACAUCAGUAUGCGGGAAUUUAACCUAAGUCACAACUUCAUACAGACACUUCCUUUGAGCUUGUACAAGCUUAACCAUCUUGUCUUCUUGGACUUGUCCUAUAAUCAGAUCGCGACGCUCCCUGAUGAACUUGGGAAUGUAAAGAGCCUCAUCAAGUUACGAGCUAGCAACAACAAACUGCAGCAAGUACCGACAACCAUAGGUCAAUUACAUAAUCUCCUAGAACUUGACCUCGGGUCAAAUCAGUUGCAAACUCUCCCUUCGUCUAUCUGCUAUUUACAAACACUGAAAACACUUAUCAUAUGUGAGAACAAACUCACUGCACUUCCUGACGAGAUUUGUGAUCUGUCUGGAUUAGAAACACUAGACGCAACAGGUAACAGUAUAGCUGCUCUACCCAUGAAACUACACCUACUCAAAGGUCUGACGUGUGCUCAUAGCUAUGACAAAUUCCGGAAAUAUGGUUUAUGGUUGUAUAAUAACCCACUAGUACAGCCUCCACCGGAGGUGUGGAGGACAGAAAAACCAGCAAAGAUCUUUGAAUAUCUAAAGAAACUUGCUAUCAUCAAAACUGAGAAUCUUCAAAGGCAAAAAAUGUUGGUGCUAGGAGAAUCACAGUGUGGAAAGACAGAUUUUGUGUGGGGUCUUGUCCAAGGAAAAUCUCUUAUGGCAGAAAAAGAACGGGAGAAAAUUCGAAAGAAACUUAAAAAAUUGAAGGAGGAAAAGAAAGAGAAAGAAAAAAUGAAGAAAAAGAAAACAAUAGAUGAAAUGUCAGAAGAUGAACCCAUUGUUCAAAAUGGUGAAGUGGAUGUGAGUGUGAGCAAGACCAGAUUUAUAGAACAAACAAUAUGGAGAACAGAGAAUUCUGUGGAAUUUGUAAUCAAUGAUUUUGGGGGUGACCCUACAUACAAGAUGUGCUAUCCUAUAUUUCUGGAUUCUAAGUCACUCGUGGUCAUUAUGUAUGACCACAGUACUUAUACUAGUGACAAUCAUUAUGAGAUGAUAGGUCAGUGGCUUGACCUUCUCAAUAUCCACACACCUGGUGCAGUGGUCAAGCUUGUAGGUACUAAAGCUGACCUUUGCGAGAAUGAGGAAGUUAAAGAGGCAACAUGUGACAUAGUUCAAAGUGAGGUGGACAAACAACAGAAGUGCCACCUAGAAAAUCUGCAGCAACAGCUUACACAGAUACAGGCAGAAAUACAAAAAGGUGGAGAGAGCAAGCCUAAUGAUCUCAUGCAGCAUUUAGAAUCAGAAAAAAGUAAACUUGAAAGUUUAAUCAAACAUCCAGUACAAAUUGAUCGGGAAAUUUCUGUCAUCAGUUCAGUGGAGGGACUGCCUGGAGUGAGCAGCCUCAUCAACCAGAUAGAACUCAUGGCCAUUGAUACGACUCUGUUCCCUCAUGCUCAGCGACGCAUACCGGAUCACUGGAACAAGUUCAAGGUCAAACUCAAGCAGGAGAAGUCUUAUUACCUCCGUUUGAAAGAAGUCAAGGACAUGGCUUUGACCUUUGAUAUCAAAGGUGAAAACCUUGAGGAGUGUUUGAUGUACUUGCAUGACAUAGGAGAAGUGUUGUGGUUCCACGACAUCCCUGGCAUGUCUCUGAUUCUCUUCCACAAACCCCGACUCCUCGUUGAUUUUAUCACUACAAUCUAUCGUCAUGAUUUCCACACAUUCUUUAACUACCAUAAAAACAAGGUGUUCAUGAGCAAAGGUAACUUUGACAGAAAGCAUUUUGAAGCUUCUGUAGAAAUCUUUCUGAAUCAUGGACAGGUGUCACGACCAAUGCUGAACUGUUUUUGGUUCUACCACCAGCUUGACUACGAACAGUUCCAUGACAUUCUGGUUCUGAUGCCACUCCUAGACAUCUGCUACAGUGUGCCUGAACCUCCUGUCCCCAUGGGAAGCAAUGCCUGUACCCCACUUCUAGUUGUACCGUGGUACAGCCAGAAGUGGGCGGGGCAAGACCUGGAGAAUCACUGGCAAGAUAUGCUGCCCCAUGGGACAAAGGUCAUGUCAUUCACAUACGAGUUCCCAAGUCAGCUGCCAGAUGGUACAUUCGAGAGAAUAUCAGCUGCACUGCAAGAAGUGGUGAUCACUCGAGCAGACUGGCGGGAUGCUAUUCUGUGUACCACUGAAAACGAUAAGAUUCUGCUACGUCUUGCUUCUGAUAACAAGACUGAGGCAGACAUUUUAUCUGUUACAAUACAAGGUAAUGAUACAGAUGGAGUAGAAUCUAUCGUCAGAGAUUUGACACAAACUAUUACAGAUGUGGUGACAAGGAUUCAGGGUUUGUCCUGGAAAAUCAGAGCACAGCAACACUUGUGGGACCAUCAUAUCAUCUGUUAUACAAGAAAAACAAAGUCAAAGUUCAUAAAAACAUAA